CGGAAGCACAACAUUGACGCAAAGCGGCGUGGUGGUAAAUAGUUACGUUUAUUGAAAAAAAAGUGGAUAAAUGCCACUUUAUUGACUUUAGUCCACUUUCUUGUUGCUUUAUUAUGAGUUUACGCGCUCGACUGAGAAAUGUCAUGGACGAUGAGGAAGCUCUGCUCUUGGACGGCGGAUUAGCAACCGAAUUGGAGGCUCAAGGUGCACAUUUACAGGGAGAUCCACUGUGGAGCGCCAGGCUGUUGCACACCAACCCCCAAGCUAUCACAGCUGCUCAUCAGAGCUUCCUUCUGAGUGGUGCUGACGUCAUCACCAGCGCCACCUACCAGGCCACCAUCCAAGGCUUCAUCCAACACUUGGGCGUCGGUUCGGACGCCAGCAGGGAAUUGCUGGCGUCCGGGUUUCGUCUGGCCCAAGAAUCUGCGACGACGUUUGGUUCUCAUCAGCCGGCGGCCCGUCCUGUGGUGGUGGCGGCGUCCGUGGGGCCCUACGGAGCCUUUCUGCAUGACGGCUCAGAGUACAGUGGCGGGUAUGCUGACAAAAUGAACAUAGAGGAGUUGAAAGCUUGGCAUCGGCCUCAGCUGGAGUGUUUGGCAGCGUCAGGAGCGGACGUCUUCGCCUUGGAGACCAUCCCGAGCGUCAAGGAGGCAGAAGCAUUGGCAGAGCUGCUCCGGGAAUUCCCAAACUGCGACGCCUGGAUCUCCUUCUCUUGUAAGGACGGGAUGCGUUUGUCGGACGGCACGCCGUUCCAAGACGCCGUCCGUGCGGCGGGCAGGUCCUCGCAGGUCCUGGCAGUGGGCAUCAACUGUUGUCCUCCAGAGCGGGUGGAGCCUCUGCUGAAGUCGGUCGUGGCCCUGAGGAGCCCUGAUAGGAGAUGGGUGGUGUACCCCAACAGCGGAGAGGAGUGGGACACCCGACGGGGAUGGCAAACAUCAGGGAAAACGUCAGCGACGAUACCAGCUCUAAGUGACACGUGGAUCAAGCAAGGGGCGGCUUUAAUCGGGGGUUGCUGCCGCGUUCGUCCAGAUCAAAUCGGCGAGCUGAGGCGGCACUUACAAGGACGUCGCCCGACGGCGGAAGCGUGACACUAAAAAUGAAGCUUUCAUCAAAAUCAUUUUUUUUUUAUCAUGGAAAUAAAUGAGAACUGAACAUGGAUGUAAAUAUUGUAAAAUUUAAUACCUCUUUUGAGCUACAAAAACAAAAGAUGAAAAAAGGUAACAUGAAAGCCGUGUUUUGUACAAUAAACAUCACAAUGCAUCAGCAUGGA